ACUUACGCCAUGCGGAAAUUCGGUCCUGCAUCCUUCUCGGCACAGUCUGUUCUGCCGGUGUCGGUUGAUUACGAUGAGCAUGACGACUUCAGUGUGAGCACGAAACAUCUCCGAAAAGCGCCGAGUGUGUAAAUUUCAGAGCCUUUCCUGAAAGAAUCUCCAGCUGUCUUUAUUUCUGAAGCGAGUGGAAGAUGAGUAGCUGUGCUUCAUGACAUCUAAAGGCCUCUGAGGUUGCACAUUCCUAAGGAUAUGACUCAUUAAAUGUGAAGUAAAUCGCCUCGGAGCAGUGCCACACACACAGAAUGAUGUGUUUCCUUCUUCCAGUUGUUGAACAGCACUCACAGAUAUGAAGAACUCCAUUGUGGACCCAUUCCACAUCAUGUUCUGGAGAUUUUCACCCUAAAACUGCUUGAUAAACCCUUUGAGGUGUCCAACUCCCCCUCCCAAUUAUUUAUUUUUCUGAAAGAAAAGCUUUUCGUCCUGCAAAUAUGGGUCCCUUCAUGUCUCGAUUUAAUAAUCUGCUAUGCAUGCUGCUGGGCAUUUCUUUCACUGUCUGGUUCACAAUGCUUUUGGUCUUCAUCAUUGUUCCUGCCAUUUUUGGCCUGUCCUUCGGCAUCCGCAGGCUCUACAUGAAGACGCUGCUCAAGGUGUUUGAGUGGGCCACAUUGAGGAUGGAAAGAGGUGCCAGGGAGAAUAACCAUCUUCUAUACAGGCCUUACACUAAUGGCAUUAUUGCGAAAGAACCCACGUCGCUAGAGGAGGAGCUUACAGAGAUUCGGCGAAAUGGCAGCAACCGAGAGUUGGAUGGCUCCAGCUCCCCCACCAUAGGUUCUGCCCCUAACUCCUCAGAGUUUGAAAUGUCAGACACCUUCUACUUUUGCCGCCGCGGCAUUGAAAGCAUAGUAGACGACGAGGUUACCAAACGUUUCACGGCAGAGGAGCUUGAGUCGUGGAACCUGUUGACCAGAAGCAACUAUAACUUUCAGCACAUUAGCACCAGACUGACAGUACUGUGGGGUCUGGGAGUGAUCAUCCGUUAUGGGUUUCUGCUGCCUCUCAGGUUAACAUUAGCAGUCACAGGAGUGAGCCUAUUGGUUGUCUUCACCACCGUGAUUGGACUUCUGCCCAAUGGGAGGAUGAAAAAUGUUCUCAGUGAGAAAGUGCACCUGAUGUGUUACCGUAUCUGUGUGAGAGCGCUGACUGCUAUCAUCACUUACCAUCACAGUGAAAAUAAACCCAAGAAUGGAGGCAUCUGUGUCGCCAACCACACAUCACCCAUUGAUGUCAUUAUACUGGCCAGUGAUGGAUACUAUGCAAUGGUGGGUCAAAUCCAUGGCGGCCUGUUGGGUGUAAUUCAGAGGUCCAUGGUGAAAGCUUGUCCACACAUCUGGUUUGAACGCUCUGAAGUAAAAGAUCGCCAUCUUGUGGCAAAAAGAUUGAGCGAUCAUGUCAAAGACAAAACAAAACUGCCCAUCCUCAUUUUUCCUGAAGGGACCUGCAUUAAUAACACGUCAGUGAUGAUGUUUAAAAAAGGAAGCUUUGAAAUUGAUGCUACUGUUUAUCCUGUCGCCAUAAAGUAUGACCCUCGGUUUGGAGAAGCCUUCUGGAACAGCAGUAAGUUUGGGAUGGUGAAUUACCUGCUCAGAAUGAUGAGCAGUUGGGCUAUCGUGUGCAGCGUCUGGUACCUGCCUCCUAUGACCCGCAAGGAAGGUGAAGAUGCGGUGCAGUUUGCUAACAGAGUAAAGGCAGCCAUUGCCAGGCAGGGCGGUCUGGUGGACCUGCUGUGGGAUGGCGGGUUGAAAAGAGAUAAAGUGAAAGACACUUUCAAAGAGGAACAACAAAAACUCUACAGCAAAAUUUUGGUUGGAACAGGUCAAGAGGACCACAGUCGUUCUCAAGGAGAAAAUGAUGAAUUAGGUGAGGAGCUGAGGGCAAGAGAUGUUUCAGAAGCCUGUUGGAUGCCAUCAUGACCCUGAUUUAUAACCUAUUUAAAAACUGUCCUUUAAUUGAUCCUCUUAGUCAGAGACUAUGCCUGAGUUUGGUAAGUGUUGGGUCAGGUCCUGUAGGUGCACCACUGAUUAGGUAAAAGUCAAUGUAGCGAGUGUUUCAGUCCAUAGUGGCCUGGAUGCUCAUUGUCGAGGAGUCACUGGGACGUUUUCUCACUCCUUUUCAUUUGUUACUUGGGUUGUUUGAAUUUUUGUUACUUGGUGUGUGUUGUUUUGUUAUUUCUUUGAUCUUUUCUCGUUAUUUAUUGUCAGUUACUUUUUAAAUCAACAAUGGUAAUCAUUCGGACUUGAUAAAAGUGUUGUAUGCUUUGUGAGCAUAUAAGUAGUUCUAUACAGUCGAGUCCAAAAGUCUUGAAUUGAAUACAAAAUUUUCAUUACAAAUGACAUUAUCAUCAUAACAGUUUGAGUGAGAGGUUGAACUGAGCUUUACGUGAAUUUUACCAUUUCUUCCUAUUUAGUGUGUCACCCUUUUGCCUUAAUGACUGCAUGCACUUUAGGUGGCAUGGAUUCCACAAAUUAUGAUCCAUGUUAUCCAGCAUCACUUGAGAAUGUUCCAAAGAGCAUCUUGAGUGCUUUAGUGGAAGCAAAGAAAUCUGACCUUUUGUACAAAGGUUAACGUGGUCAUUGUCAAAAAUAUGCUCACAUUUGACCUAGAAAUAGUGCAGCAUCUUAAAUAUAUCUGUUUUUAUUUUAUGUCAUAAUCUAACUUUGUUUAGAAAAAAACAGAAUCUGUUCUGAUUAAUUCCAGGUUUAUAUAAAAAAUUCAUUUAAAAAAUCCCAGAUUUUCAAUGUGAUCUCAGACAUUUGGACCCGACUGUACUGUCUCAGAGCCUUCUGCUAAAGCCAUUAUGCACUUCCCUUCAUGUCUCUGCCACACCUUUGCUGCAUGAGUCACUUUAAUCCAGUGGAAUUUAAAAGGAGGGGAAUUCAGCAUUAUGUGUGGGAACAACUGGCAUUUAUUUUUAAGACAUUAAGAUUAUAUAGACCUUUACAGAUGCAGAUUUAAUCGUUAUCUUUCAAAAUACCUCUGUAUAUACAAUCAAGCCACUGUAAACAUUUUUGGGAAAAAUGUAUUCUACAUUAUGAUAGGUCAAUUUUGCAUCCAGUCCUCUUGACAUCACCAUUCACAUCUAAAUGUCACAGUUUUUAAAAAGAGGCUUAAUGAAAUGGUCUAAGUUGUGGCAAAUUGAAGACUUUGCAGUGUUUAACCUCCCGAGACCCCAGCAUGACCGCUGUGUGCAUUUUCUAUUUCCCUUUUUAAUUUGCACCUAAUGAACAAGCAAAAAAAAACAAAACAAAAAAAAAAAACUAUUCUAGACCAAACAGUUUUCCUAAAAAUUUAUGUCCACAUACGUGGACAGUGAGACCACAUUGUGAUUUUUUUUUUUUUUUUAAAUAACACCAAGCUAUAUAAAGUCAGAGUUUUUUCCCCCAUCAAAUUAUUUGUUUCCAUGAGUGUUGAUUAUUCAUGUUUUUGUGACGUUACAUACAUUACAGCUGAUUUUCUGUAAAGCUGAACGAAUAAUUCUUAUUCAAAGUAAUGUCCAGCGUCAUCCAGUCACUGCCAACCAUGUUAAAAUAAAAUUAUACAUUAUAAAUUCUGAAUCUUUGUACAGAUUAUCAUUGUCUCAUGUCUGCCAAACAUCAUCCGCAGCCUGAAACUGAACUUUUGGUGGGAUUUUUAGAGUAAAUGCACUUAGCUGCAUAGAAAGUUAUAUAGGAUGCUCCCUAUUUAGUGAAUAACUUAACCUCCAGUUUGCUGUUUGUCUGCACUGGUCUCAGAACAGUUAGAGUUGCACCUUAUUCUCAUCCUAACUCCAUAUAAAUUCUCUGAAAACAAAAUUUUUCAGCUUUUGGAUGAACCCAUUGAUUCUCAAUGUGAAAAUGCACAGUAAAUAUAUAGGAAUGCAUUUACUAAUGUUAAUGAAAUGUAUUGUAUGGUGAAACCAAAUUCAAAUAUAA